AUGACCAGCAAGGAGACUGUCCUUGCGCAGAUCGAGGACGCAAGUCGAGGGUUCGACGCCCUCCUCGACAACCGCCUCCUCGACUGUUUCGCCAUCCUGCGCAGCCAGCCCAACUCGGCACCUCAUCUCGUCGGCACCGGUAUCGCUUCCUUCCUCAAGGCCAUCUUAUCGCGAGAGGAUGCCGAGCUUCGCGAGGCUACCGAGACGCUCGUCAAGGCCGAGGCCGUCGCGACCGCCGAGACCAAGAUCAAGCGGCCAAAGGGCGACUCGACCGGCGUGUACCCGGCCGGCAUCGAGUACAAGCUCUUCCAGGCCGACGCCGUCCUCGGCCAGGCGCUUGUCGCCGUCAUGAGCGAGAGCUACGUCGAGUUCGCCAAGGCCAUCUGGAAGCUCAACACGGCGUACAAGCUCCUCGCGACGGUCCAGAAGACGGUCUUCCCCGACGGCGUCGGCGAGAACGAGUCGCUCGAGUCGGUCUUUACCAAGCUCAACGAGCACUACCUCGAGGCGACGACGGCGGCGCAAGCUCCCGCCGCCGAGUCGGGCGGCGGCUUCUUCUCGUCAUGGGGCCGCAAGCGCGCGCCCGCUGUCGCUGCCUCGCUGCGCCACUCGUCGUCGUCGUCGGCCAUCCCGACGCUCCACGCGCCGACCCCGACUCGCUCGGGAUCCGCCUCGGUGCCCGGCUCGCACGUCGCGUCCGAGAACGCGUCGGUGACGGACCUCGUCGAGGGCGUCGACAAGACGGCGCUCGUCGCGACGGCGGGCGACGGCGCCGAGGAGCACCCGGCGCCGCUGUGGGCGGGCGACCGGCUCACGACGACGGUCAUCAGCGGUGCGGCUCUCGGCGCGGGCAUGUUUGGCCUGAUCUUCUCGAUGAUGCCGCCGCGCAUGGUCAAGCUCAUCUCGUGGUUCGGGUUCGCCGGCUCGUCGCGCCAGUCGGCCCUCAAGCUCCUCGCCGUCUCGGCCGCGACCGGCGACGACGUGCACGGCUACUUCGCCAGCCUCACCCUGGUCACCUUCUACGGCUUCAUCCUCCUCAUGUCGGGCUGGCAGUCGUCCGAGUCGACCUACCUCGCCACCCUGUCGCGCACGCUCGGCCGCGUCACUUCUCGGUUCCCGAACGGCACACUGUGGGUCCUCAACCGCGCCAAGCUCGCCCGGUACAGCCGCGACCCGGACACGGCCAUCGCCAUCAUCGUCGAGGCGCUCGCCAAGGAGAAGAAGGAGGGCAACUCGUUCAGGGAGGCCGACAGCUUGCUCGUGUUCGAGCUCGGCUGGCUCAAGCUCUCGCAGGCCAAGUGGGUCGAGACGGCCGACGCGUUCGAGCAGAUGUGCGACCUCAACAGCUGGUCUCACGCUACCUACAUCGCCAUCGCCGCCGGCGCCCUCAUCGACGAACUCAACACGCAGCGCCUCGCGUCGCCCUCCUCAGCACUCGACGCCGCUCUCGUCUCGCGCACCGAGUCGCUCCUCGAGCGCCUGCCCGGCCUGUGCCAGCAGAAGCGCGUCUUUGGCGAGAAGCCCGUUACUGAGACGUUCAUCGUCAGGAGGGCCGAGGUGCACAGGGUCAAGAGAGAGAGGUGGGUGCAGAGGGGAAGGGUCAAGCCCGAGGCGGGAGUGUGGGAGGUCGUCCGGUUGACGAACGCGAUGGAACUCGGCCUCUUUUGGGCGACUGUCGGCGGGCGCUCGCCGCCGAGCGGCAUCCGCACCCAGAUCGACCUCCUCAGCGCCUUCCACCCUCACCCUCGCCUCCCUGCCUCGACAUCCUCCGCCGGCUCGUCCCUCUCGGCACGCCCUGCAUCGCCCACACCCUCCCGCACGCCCUCGACGCUCAGCACCUCGAGCGCGACGGCCGGCAAGUGGGGCAUCGACCCGCAGACGUCCGACCUCGACACGCCCGCCGAGAUCCUCAUCCGCGACCUCAUCCUCGGCGUGCUGUACGCCGCCCUCGCCCACUACGAGCCCGCCGCAGGGCACUUCGCGACGGCGACGCACCUCCUCGACGGCGUGCUCGCCGCGUCCGACGCCGAGCUGGGCGACGAGAAGUGGGCGAGGGCCUUUGCCGGGUGGCACAGGGCGGUGGUCGAGUUGCGGAUUGGCGACACGGCCGAGUGCGCGGGCGAGGGCAAGGUCGGGUGGAGCAAGAGGGCCAAGAGGGCCGACGAGUGGCUCGCGGCCGUGCUCGCCCUGCCCGAGUUCGACAUGAAGACGCGCCUCGAGUCGCGCGUGCUCAUGCUCCGCGACGAGAUCGCGAUGCGCAAGGCCAAGCUCGGCCUCGCCUGAGCUGUCCCGGCUCCACAUUUUCGCCCUUUCUCUUCCUCUCGCAACCCUUCCGCACCCCCUCUUGCACUUCCACCUCGCCUCUUCUCAGGACUGGUUCCUGCUGUAGAUCCUUAACGCCUAGACGGAAUUGUUGGCUUGACGUUCAUCUC